AUGGUAUUUUGGUAUUUUGCAGCUGCAUGUGUCGGGUUCCUGCUAACAUGCUGUUUUCUCAUCCUGAUUCUGGUAAGGUUCCGCGCGCUGCCGAGACCUAAACGACGCGUUAUCCAACGAUUUCGCUUUGUCGAUAAUUGGGAUAACGAAGUAGCCGCAAUCACCACCAACACUUCCAAAGUACUGGAUUCGAAAUUCGAUGAGUUGUGCGAUUUGGUGAUUGCUUCGUUUGUCACUCCGUGGUAUCAGCACGUUACAAAUUCACCGCUAUUGCCAAUCCACAUCAAGUUGUUGAUGCUGCGGCUCAUACAACGGCUCAAAGUCGAUAAUGUCGAGAACAUAAUUGGCAAUGUCACCGAUUCAUUUCAGCAAGAGAUUUCAAAAUACAAAGCAAGCAAGCAGCCGCUAUCUGAAGCUUGCAAAGCUGACGAAUUGCAUCAUUUGAGAGUGCAGGUAUCCAGGGUAAUGCAGGCAAUGCCUCUGGAUUCUAAACUUGAAAAAACGUUGAUGUUGGAGGUGUUGAGUGCUGCACUCAGCAUUGCUAUCGAUGCUAUCUCCGAAGGCGAUUUCUACAAUAUGAUGAUUGUCAAGUUUCUUGGUGGAGCCAGAGACGAAGGAAGAGAGUUGAAGGCGAUUUUGGGGGAAACGUUCAAGGCCCAAUCUGCAAUCGCCGAUGACUAUGUCAAUAACAACGGAGAGGACGAAGAUGAUGGUGAUGAUGGUGAUGACGGUGAUGACGAUGAUGACGACGACGAUGACGAUGAAGAUGUAGAUGGAGAUGAAAGCGACGUGGACGGGACACCUGGCACGUCUCACAAAGACAUUAACGCCUUACCCUUGGAAACAGAAAUCCCCAAUCAAAUUACCAUAAAAAGCACCUUAUCCGAGAAUAAAUCAGUAUGGUUCAUCAUUGAAGCUUCCACCGAGCUGAAAUCAGGCUGGAUCUUUGCUCGAAGGUAUAGCCAGUUUCGCAAACUUCACAACUAUUUGCAGAAAAAGUAUAGAUUACAAGUUCAGCUUCCGAAAUCUGUGUUUCAAACCAGCAUAGAAGCUAGGCGCUCGCAAUUAGAGCUAUAUCUACGGAGACUUAUCGGUCUUGAGCCACUCCAGCACGAUAGAGUCUUUAAGAAGUUCAUCUCGCAGCAGAGCUUGACCUCGCACUUCACCAAGACGCUCAAUCUCCGGCCCAUGUUUGACUCCAAGUUUAUCUUUGUUGUUGAAACAAUCGUGCUUCGAUUGUUAAAGUCGAGAUUGAGUCAAUUUGACGCCGAAAAGUGUGUUCAGAUCUUGAAGGAUUCGCUCUUUGAAGGAGGCAAGUUGAAAGCGGUCCAGGAAAGAACCGAAGCUCAGAAACUUUUCACGCAGCGCGAGGCGCGAGAACUCUUGGAUUCAUUCAUGAGCGAAACGUGUUCGUUGGUGUUUGGUGCUGAAAAGACUGCCGAGGCGUCUGCAUUCAUUUUUGAAUUGUUGCAAAAUGAAAAGUUGAACAAGCGCUUGCUCUUGAAUGCAUUGGAUCAGUUUGUAAAUGAAAUUGUUAGGUAG